AUGUCAGGAGGGAGUGGUUCAUCCGGGCGCGCGGCCCCGCGGUACGCCCCGGAUGACCCGACGCUGCCCAAGCCGUGGCGAGGCCUCGUCGACGGCACCACCGGCUACCUCUACUACUGGAACCCGGAGACGAACGUGACGCAGUACGAGCCGCCUAUGCCCCCCGAUAACCAGCUACUACCGCCCCCGCCCCCGUUGCCUCCCCCGCCUCCCCGGAGCCGCGACCGCCGCGACAGGUCCAGGUCCCGAUCCCGAUCCCGAACCCCGCCCCGGCGCGACCACAGGGACCGCGACCGCGACCGUGACAGGCGCCACGACGAGCACGCGUCCUCCAAGUCGGCGUCUUCCCACCACCAGCCGGCUCCGGUAGCCGUCGCCGACGAUCCGUCCACCGAGGCUUACAGCCGCCGCCAUGAGAUCACCGUCACGGGGGAUAACGUGCCAGCUCCAAUAACUUCAUUUGAGGCUGGUGGCUUCCCGUCAGAAAUUCUGAAGGAGAUACAACGUGCUGGAUUCGCAAGCCCAACACCUAUCCAAGCCCAGUCAUGGCCAAUUGCUAUGCAAAGUCAAGAUGUAAUAGCUAUUGCGAAGACUGGAUCAGGCAAAACUCUUGGGUAUCUACUUCCUGGAUUUAUGCAUAUCAAGCGCCUGCAGAACAGCACUAGGAAUGGUCCAACAGUGCUAGUUUUGGCCCCAACAAGGGAACUUGCAACACAGAUUCUGGAUGAAGCUGUGAAAUUUGGAAGAUCUUCUAGAAUUUCUUGCACGUGCCUAUAUGGUGGUGCUCCUAAAGGUCCUCAGUUGAGAGAUUUAGAUAGAGGGGUUGAUGUUGUUGUUGCAACACCUGGAAGGUUAAAUGACAUUUUGGAGAUGCGAAGGGUAAGUCUUAAGCAAGUGUCGUAUCUUGUUCUUGAUGAGGCUGAUCGCAUGCUGGACAUGGGCUUUGAGCCACAAAUACGGAAGAUAGUGAAAGAGAUACCUCACCGUCGGCAAACCCUUAUGUACACUGCUACUUGGCCCAAGGAAGUCCGAAGGAUUGCAGAUGAUCUUCUUGUUCAUCCUGUACAGGUGACAAUUGGAAGUGUUGAUGAGCUUGUUGCUAAUAGUGCUAUUACUCAGCAUGUAGAGGUCAUAACACCCUCAGAAAAACAACGGCGCCUGGAGCAGAUAUUACGAUCCCAGGAUUCAGGUUCAAAGAUAUUAAUAUUUUGUACCACCAAGAGGAUGUGUGACCAACUUGCAAGGACACUCACCAGGCAGUUUGGAGCUUCGGCCAUUCAUGGUGACAAGUCCCAAAGUGAAAGGGAGAAGGUUCUGAAUCAUUUUCGAUCUGGGCGGUCACCUAUUUUAGUGGCAACUGAUGUUGCUGCGCGAGGUUUGGACAUCAAAGAUAUCAGGGUAGUGAUCAACUAUGACUUCCCCACUGGUGUUGAAGACUAUGUUCACAGGAUUGGCAGGACAGGAAGGGCUGGUGCCACUGGUGUUGCAUAUACAUUUUUCUGUGAUCAGGAUUCAAAAUAUGCUGCUGACCUAAUCAAAAUUCUGGAAGGGGCAAACCAACGGGUGCCCCGUGAUUUAGAGGAUAUGGCUUCUCGUGGUGGUGGGCGAGGUAAGAAGAGGAACCGUUGGGCAUCCCACUCUGACAGGGGUGGUUCACGUUCUGAACUGGAUUCAAGGAGUGGUUGUGGCAGUCGUGGAAGGGAUGAUUAUGGUAGCCGUGGCAGGUAUGACUCUGGUGAAACUGAUGGGCGAUCUCGUAGGUCUGCUAGAGGUCGCAGUAGAAGCCGUAGCAGAAGUCACAGUAGAAGCCGUAGCCCAAGUCCCAAGAGGUCACGCCGUCAUGAAGCUAGACGUAGCAGGACUAAGAGCCGGAGUAGGAGCAGGAGCAGGAGCUAUAGAAACCAUCGUGCUAGCCGCAGCAAGAGUCGCAGCCCUGUUGCUAGCCGUAGGCAUGAAAAGACUGCUGCUAUUUCAGGAUCUGCUCGGCCUAACUCGGGGCAUGCAGAGCACAAAAGCCCUCCAAGAUCUCACUCUGUGGAUGACCAUGUGAACCACUCUGACCACAAGGAUGACCACAUGGAAGAUGGGAAGAUGGAAAGGGUUGAUCUUGAUCGCUCGCCCAGCCCACAAGAUGACAAGUCUGCUCCAUAUAGUCCUGUGUACAAUGGCAAAGCCAGUGGCUCGAUGAGCCCCAAUGUUCAGCCAGAGGCAGAUGCCAAAUAUGUCAAACCUUCUGGGAAACCUGAGCCUGCAUCUCCAGUGCGCCACAGCAAAGGCAGAGAUGAUGACGAGGAAGGUAUCAUAGACGAGGAUGGAGAGAUUGCUGAGGAUGAUCCGCGUGCAAAUGCAGCUGUGCAGAAUGGUAAUAACUGA